GAGGCGUGACCGAUAGGAGCGCUGUGAAAUCCAAUAUGGCGCUGCUUAUGAAAUUACUUAGUUUUCUAAGAAUUUUCCAUAUUUUAUGAUACAUCUGCAAUUAAGUAAUGUUGUAAAUACGUCUUGAUAUGAGCAUUAAAGCAUUUGAUCUUGUACCCGCAAUUGAGCGGGUACAUCUCAUGUCAGAGAAAGCCAAAACCCAGAUUGAAUGUAUUGAUGUGUGUGGGAAGAACUUGUAUAUUGGUACCAAUGAUUGUUUUGUUGUGCAUUACAUUAUUGAAGAGAGAUCAUCUAAUUCUGGAAAGACUAGUUUCCAUAGUGAUAAGCAGGGUCACAAAUAUCUCACAUUGAAAAAACCAGUUGUGCAGUUAAAGGCUGCCUCAGCUUUGAACAGAAUUUUAGUAUUAUGUGACUUUACACUGACAAUGUUGAAUAUGCUUGAUCUGGAGCCUGCAGUGGGAGGAGCUAAAGUGAAAGGUGUGACACAUUUCUGCCUGAAUAACAACCCUGUUCAGAGCAGUCCAUUUAGUGUGGAGGUGUGUGUAGCAUUGAAGAAGAAACAAUUACAGUUGUACAACAUUACUGAUGAUAGAAUGAUCCAUGUGAAGGAUAUAUCUUUAUCAGAGCCUGCCAGUGUUAUAGGUCUGGAUGGACAUGUAGUUUGUGCAGCAAUGAUGUCACAAUAUUGUAUGAUAAAUUAUGAAACAGGACAGAACACAGAUCUCUUCCCUGUAGAUACAGAACACACACAUCCUAUUGUGAAGAGGAUCAGUAAGGAAGAGUUUUUGUUGACUGGUCCUAGUGCAUUAGGUAUGUUUGUCACAUCAGAAGGUAUUUCUCAGCGACCGCCACUACAAUGGUCAGAAAACUUACGGAGCGUUGGCUAUGUACAUCCAUAUAUCAUUGCAAUGAAUGAUGAAUUUAUUACAAUACACAGUAUUCUUGACCAGCAGCAGAAACAGGCUAUUCCAUUUCAAGGUGGGGUUGUCCUCAAUGAUUUUGAUGGUAGAUUAUUUAUUGCCUCCCCUAGGGCAAUUUACUCCAUGGUACCAGUUGCCUGGGAAAAACAGGUUCAAGGUCUGCUGGCAGACAAGAGAACACAGGAAGCUCUCGACUUAGCAAGGAACGCCAACCAUGCUGGACUUACCAAAGAUAAAUUCUUAAAGAUAUUCCGUAGAAUACAACAACAGGCUGCUUUUAUAGAAUUUUCACAGAAAAACUUUGAUGAAGCUCAAGAUUUAUUUAAAGGUGGUCAAGUGGAUAUUAGAGAAUUGAUAAGUUUAUACCCACGUCUGAUGCCAUCCAGUAGUAAUUACCAGCGAAGUAUGCCAGCUCUGCACGAGAUAGCAGAUAUUAAUCAGUUAGCACGUGGUGAUCAGAAUGUGAUAUCACAGUAUAAAACCUUCCUUAUAACAUACUUAGAGGAUAUUAGAGGCACCAAAGACAGUCAUGGUCUCAAACAGGAAAUAGAUGUGGCAUUAUUAAAACUGUAUGCAGAGAGAAAUUCAGCAGAGUUAUUGCCCCUGGUAGAGGAGGAUUCUGGUUGUGAUUUAAAGGACUGUGUUGAAUGGUUGGAAAAAUACCAGAGACAUCAUGCUCUCGGCUUGUUGUACAAGUAUCACGGGGAUAAUGAUAAGGCAUUGAAUAUAUGGACUAGACUGGUCAAUGGAGACAUACAAGAUGAAUUAUUUCCUGGGUUCGAGUUUGUUGUAAAUUUUCUCUCAAGUUUAAGUGACCAUGAUUUAGUUUGGAAGUACAUUGACUGGGCAUUAGAAAGGGACCAAGAAUCCAGUAUAAAGAUAUUGACAGAACGGCCAGCCCAGGAACCUCCCUCUGAGAGAUUACGACCCGAGUCUGUGAUAGAUUAUUUACAUAGAUAUCCAAAAGCUGUUGUAACAUACCUGGAGUAUCUAGUAUUUCAGAGAAAAUUAGAGAAAGAGAAAUACCAUACACAUUUAGCAGUGUUAUAUUUAGACAAUGUAUUACAACUGAUGAAAAAUAACAGUGUGAAGAAAGAACAAAUUGAUAUAGCAAGAUCCAAAUUACGGCACAUGUUGCAAAUGUCUAGUUUAUAUAGAGUGCAGUUAAUACUUGGUAAAGCCAAGGAACAGGACAUGCAUGCUGAAUGUGCAAUUUUAUAUGGCAAGUUAGAAGACCAUGAAAAAGCAUUGAAAAUAUUAGUUCACAAAUUACGAGAUUACGGUGCUGCUGAAAAUUACUGUCUAGUCAACUCUGAGGGGCGGGACACAGCAUACAGGAAACGCCUCUUCCAUAUUCUACUUAGUGUGUACUUAGAUCCUGCUAAUGAAAAGAAAGAUUUGAUGGUAGGACCAGCAAUAAACCUGUUGAACAGUAAUGUUGGAGACUUUGAUGUUGCAAAGGUUAUUCAAAUAAUACCGGACAGCUGGUCCAUAGCAUUAUUGUCAGAUUUCUUAAAGAAAGCAGUACGGACAAACAUGCACACACACCGAAUGACACGCGUAGAACGUAUGAUGUCAAGGGGAGAGAACUUACUUGUCAAGGAAAUUAGCAUAGAAGGACAACAUCAACCAAUUGUCAUGACUGAAGAGAAACCAUGUGCAGUGUGCAAUAGACCAUUUAAUGAACCAUCUUUUGUGCGUUAUCCUAAUGGGAUAAUUACUCAUAUACAUUGUGCUAAGAAUAAACAUGUGUGCCCCGUCACUGGAAAACUGUUCUGCACGAAGAAGUCAUGACAUCGGAUACAGUUAAAGUAUUAGUUUUAAAGAUUGUAGUGAAAAAUUCUGUGUCAUAGUUUCAGUACAUUAAAAAUAGUCCUGUGUUAUAUGAUUUCUGUACAUUCAAUAUAAAAAAGCCUUAAUCUGUGCGUAGCUGUACUAGAAAAGAUCAUAAAUCAUCAUGAUUAGACUGAUUUUCAAACACCAAAAAAGGACCAACAGAAAACCAGUCUCAGAAUGAGCAGACAUUAACUUUAGAAUAUACAUAUACUAUGAUAUGUUUAUAUAUAUACUGACUAUUUGAUAGAUGAAUGUAAACCAUCAUAAAAUAGUGGUUUUUUUCUUGGUUUUUAGGUUUUUUUGUUGUUUUUUUAAACUCAGCAAUGUCAUAAGCUGAAAGCAGACGUCAUUUUAAUAGAGAUUCAGAAACUUCAUUAUUUCAGAGUUGAUACUACAUGUAGUAUGAAAGAUUUUUGCUCAUAACAAAUAGUUUUUUGUUUUUGUUUAUUUUUUUCGGUGUUUUAUAUUUUUCCUGCUUAGAGCAGACGUCAUGUUAAGAAUGGUUCAGAUAAACUUUUAUUUUAAAACCAGUUUGCCCACAUACAUGUAUGAAGCAGUAUAUCUUGUCACAAUUCAGUUGUUGUUGUUGCUGUUUUGUAAAAUAUUACCUGCCGUAAGCAGAUAUUACUUUAA